CCCACCCCCACCCCUAAGCACAGACGCACAGUCCUCACCCAAGAGCAAAACUGUGCGUUCGGUGUUCUUCUUCUUCCGGAAAAUUCUGUAUUUCAGAAUUUAAAGAUCAAACCCUAAUUAUAGAAAUUCCUCCUAAGAAGCACGCUUCAAUGGCGGCGGAAGAAGAAUCAAUUGAACAAGCAGCAGCAGAGAGGAGAGAGAGACUAAGAGCUCUAAGAGCAGCUCAAGAGCUUUUUGAAACUCCAGACGAGGAUUCUUCUCAACCCAAAAACAACUCCGAGGAUGGCGAUGCUGAUAACAAUGGAGAUAGUGGUCUGAACUUGAAAUUCCGGAAUUACCUUCCUCAUGACAAACAACUACAAGAAGGUAAACUUGCAGCACCAGAACUACCAAAAUUUGAGGAUCCUGUUGCUGCAGCUCCUCCACCUGAAGAAAAAGAGGAUCCUUUUCUGAACAUUGCACCAAAGAAACCCAAUUGGGACCUCAGGAGGGAUGUGCAGAAGAAGCUAGAUAAACUGGAAAAGAGGACACAGAAGGCAUUGCAUAAGCUGAUGUUGGAACACGAAAAACAGAGGCAAUUGGAGGAUGGAAGCAUAGCUGCUGAAGAAUGAAAGAAGUAUUUCAGCAGCCUAAUCGACAUCUGUUCUUUCGAUUUUUAGCAGCAUCACUGAGUAGUAACAUAGAAGAAAUAUUUAGAAGCAUAGCCAUUAAGUUGGUGUACUGUUUAGUGAAGUAUGAUCAUCUAUUGAUUUGAUGUGACAUAAACUGCUUAUUUGAAACACUUCUUUAGGCGAAAGAAUUGUUGUAAAAGAUUGUUCAUGUGUGUCACCUAAUUCUCAAUGACUUGUAAAUUAUAAACGCGUUUUCAAAGCCACAAUAUCGCCUAUUGGCUUA